AUGAUUUGAGAUUCAUGGCCACCAUACAAGUAGUAGGCGUAACCCCGCCCUUGGUAGAACAGUAAUUAACAGAGCGCUUGAAAGAGAAAAGAUUUCAAAGGACUGUGCUAGUGCGAGUGUGUAGCAGGAAACAUCGCCUUCGCUUAGUACAGUCCGUCCUGGAGAAGCACUAACACCAGCAAAAGUGAAGAAACCGUAAUUAUUUCGCAGACAUGUUACUGUUGUACAUGACAGUUUCCAGUCUCUUCAUUGGUUCGUCCGCUGCUAUUACGGAGGAACAUCUGUGUUAUGGUGGUAAUCUUAAAAUACCAUUCCCGAGUAUUUCCCCCCAUCUUUUCAGUAGACAGCUGUACUUCACUCCCAAGGAAGGGGGGUCCAGGAAGCUAUUGCUGGAUAAAGAGGAGGCAAAGGACCCACGCCUUAAAGUUUCCUUUAUGUCAGUUCGUUUGAUAGAUUUGACUGACAGAGAUGAGGGAACUUUUUCUAUCUCAUUGGAUGGUGAUGCACUACACGAUAUGGUCGAACUGACAAUUAAAGAUUGUGCUGAGGAGUACAACAGCCAUUAUGGGUCUCUUUUCUACUGGCGUAUUCCUAGAAAGGCUGAAUUCUUUGAGUUCACUCCCCUUCGCAGACGGGGCCAGCCACAGGUCAUGUGGAAUCGCACCGACCCUCAAACCAAUAAGGAAGGUAGAGGAAAGGUGAAUGAUAAUUCCUGGGAGAUGCACGAUCUCAGGCAAGCAGACAGCGGUUUCUACAACUUCAGGGGAAAGGACAACAUGUUGCUGGACAGGAAAAAGCUUUCAGUAAAAGAGUGGUAUAGAUACUACGAUCCAAUGGUGAACGAGCCCCUGAUUAUUGAAUAUCCUACAGCUAUUACCUUUACCUUGGGGGAAGUGACUUUUACAUAUAAGGGGAACAUGGAACCCAAAAUUCAACUGAGGCGAGCAGGCAACCCGGACAGAGAAAAAAACUGGAACUUAAGGCAAAGACAUUUUAUGGGGAGGCUUACUGUCUUGCAUAAGGGCUUACAAAUUGAUCCUGUGGAAAUCGCAGACUCCGGCACCUUUCACUUCAGAGACACACAAGGCAACCUGAUCCAGACUGUGAAUUUGGACGUAAAGCAAGGAGCUGCUCCUACAUUUGUGUAUGUUGCCAUUGUUGUUGGGAUUAUCUUUGCGGUGAUUUUGUGCUGUUGCUGCGUGAGAAAGUGCUGUUGCAAAAAGAGCUCUUCUAAAAGGGACACGUCGGCUCCUCAGAGUGCUGUAGCAUGUGCUACAGAUUACCAUGAUAGAAGUCAACCAGCAGGCCCAAGUACCUCUGCUGCAUCUUCUUCUGCUUUCUCCUAUCAACCAGUGAAUCACCAUGUGUCUACACACCCUACGACUACCUUCCUUGGGCCAUCAGCUGCAGUCAAAGGAGGUCAGGGAACUGCUCCAGCUCCCUCAGUCGACGCUGAUUGUCUCUCCUCGGACCCUGCGCCGAAGUUUUACCUGAAAGGACUGAACCUUUCCACUGCUUCCCCCCUCGGCACAGGCUCAACCUUCUGUGACGUUUAUACCUCGGAUAAACUCAACUUUCUGUAAGGAGCGCUGAAAAUUCAAGUAAUGCAGGGUUGAAUUCACACAUGGAACACAGCCAUUUCGCUCCUUGAUUUGAUUGUGUCAAAUACGCACAGUAACACAGACUAAACUCUUGAAUCCUCAAGAUUCAUUGUUAGGUCUUGGUUGAGAGCAAAGCAGUGGGCGCCAGGAGUAAUACCAAGACAGAAAUCUUUUUAGGUCAAUUCCUUCCAAUGAUAAAUUUUGUUUUAGGCUUUUCUUUUCCUUUUUUCCCUAUUUUUCUUGGAUACUAGAGAAAAAAGCUUACUUAACAGCUGUGGUCCAAGAGUGAACUAUAGGUUAUCUGUAUAAUGUGGAAUAAAUGUGUUUGCCAUAAAAAUAGGUUAGAUUUAUAAUAUAUACAUAUUAAUGUGUUGUUGAGAUUCUAAAAAUGAGUUUGUGUAGCAGAUUUUAGAGACUGGAGACUCAAACUGACUUCAACACUCAUGGAGAUCAAAACACCACACUUAGCAAUUUAUGCCACUAUUACCAGCUUCACUUACUGUUAAAUACUGUUUGUAUAUGAAUUUUAUAUGGUUGUUUCACACAUUUAUCAUGUGCCAUCAGCUGCACAACGUGUCUGUGUGGCUUUUAUCAUUACCUUUUGUGUGAUAUGUUUAUCACGUUUGUGGAAUAUAUGUACCCUGGAGCUUUUCCAUAAGCUCCUCUUGUGCCUUGGUCAUUAAAUCAUGAAAUAUAUUUAAAAUUG